CUCCUCCUCCUCCCCUUCCUCCUCCUCCUCCUCCUCUUCUUCUUCCUCCCCUCCUCCUCCUCCGUCUCUCUCUCUCUCUCUCUCGCAUCUCCUCCGUUUGUCCGCGCUCCUCUCAACUCCCUGCGUCCUGCUGCCACUGCCCGCUGAGCCGUCCGCCAUGGACCUGAAGGACCGCCGGCACCGCUCGCUCACCAGGGGGCGCUGUGGGGGCAAGGACCUGCAGUUCACCUCGUCCUCGCUGGACCACGAGGAGUGCCGCGUGCCCACGCAGAAGUCCUACAGCUCCAGCGAGACCCUCAAGGCCUACGACCACGACUCCCACCUGCACUACGGAGGCUGCGUGUCCGACCUGGUGCACCACGAGGCGGACGAGUACUCCAGACAAGGCAACUUCACGCUGGCCGAGCUGGGCAUCUGCGAGUCGACCGCGCCGCACCCGAGCGCCUACUGCUCGGACCUGGGCCUGCUGCACCGCGGCUACUCGCUGGGCGCCGGCUCGGACGCCGACUCGGACCCGGAGGGGCCCAUCUCGCCGGAGCGCGCCAUCCAGCUGUGGAGCGCGGGGGGAGCUGGCAACGGCAGCGGCAUCAAGUCCCGCCGCAGCUCCGGACUGUCCAGCCGCGAGAACUCGGCGCUCACGCUCACCGACUCCGAAAACGAGAACAAGUCGGACGACGAGUCAGGUCGCCCCCUCCCUCCAUCGUGCGCCUCCUCCAGCCUGCUGCCCCCCGCCCCCUCCCCCCCGUCCGCCCCCCUGCACCCCGCGCCCCAGCUCAUCCGCGAGUGCCAGGUGCCCCUGCUGGACGGCACGUCGGCACACCGCGCCAUGCUGGUGGAGUCGCACGCCGCCGACGAGAUGGUCGGCAACUCCUACCUGCUGCGCCCGGCUCAGAGCUCCGGCGCCCCUAACCAGCAGGGUCAGGGCACACUGCGGCCGCCCCUCCCGCCGCCCCACAACCACCACACGCUGUCCCACCACCAGUCGUCGGCCAACUCGCUGAACCGCAACACGCUGGCCGGACGCCGGAACCCCGUGCACGCGCCGCCCGUCGCCCCCGGCGACGGCCCCACCACGCCCGAGUCCGUCCAGCUACAGGACAGCUGGGUGCUCAACAGCAACGUGCCGCUGGAGACACGACACUUCCUGUUUAAGACGUCGUCGGGGACGACGCCCCUGUUCAGCAGCUCGUCGCCCGGUUACCCGUUGACCUCCGGCACGGUGUACUCGCCGCCGCCGCGGCUCCUGCCCCGCAACACCUUCUCCCGCUCGGCCUUCAAGCUCAAGAAGCCGUCCAAGUACUGCAGCUGGAAGUGCGCCGCCGUCUCCGCCAUCGCCGCGGCGACGCUGCUCGCCAUCCUGCUCUCCUACUUCAUCGCGAUGAACCUGCUGGGGCUGAAUUGGCAGCUGCAGCCCGUGUAUGGACCCCUGCUGAACAACGGCCUCGGAGCAGCGCUGCCCGGCAACAGCGAUGUAGCAACAGUGCCCUCUGGUGGCAGAGGGGCGUGGGCGUUGCGGAACAGCAGCAUCGACACGGGCGACCUGGAGAUCGGUCGGCGGGUGACCCAGGAGAUCCCGCCUGCCGUGUUCUGGCGCUCCCUGCUCCACCUCAACCAGCCCCAGUUCCUCAAGUUCAACAUCUCCCUGGGCAAGGACGCCCUGUUCGGGGUCUACAUCCGCAAAGGCCUGCCCCCCUCCCAUGCCCAGUACGACUACAUGGAGCGUCUGGACGGCAAGGAGAAGUGGAGCGUGGUGGAGUCGCCACGGGAACGACGCAGCAUCCAGACGGUGGUCCAGAACGAGGCGGUGUUCGUGCAGUACCUGGACGCCGGCAUCUGGCACCUGGCCUUCUACAACGACGGCAAGGAGAAGGAGUCCGUGUCCUUCAGCACCGCCGUCCUGGACUCCAUCCAAGAGUGCCCAAGGAACUGCCAUGGAAACGGAGAGUGUGUGUCCGGAGUGUGUCAUUGCUUCCCUGGGUUUCAUGGCAUGGACUGUUCCAAAGCGGCGUGUCCGGUGCUGUGCAGUGGGAACGGUCAGUACGAUAAGGGCUCGUGCAUCUGCUACAGCGGCUGGAAGGGCCCCGAGUGUGACGUGCCGGUCAGCCAGUGCAUCGACCCCGUGUGCAGCGGACACGGAUCCUGCACCCAGGGCACCUGCGUCUGCUCGCUGGGCUACAAGGGAGACAGCUGUGCCGAGGUGGACUGCCUGGACCCCACGUGCUCCAACAACGGUAUCUGUGUGAACGGGGAGUGCCACUGUAAGCCAGGCUGGGGCGGACCCCACUGCGAGCUGCCGCGGGCCCAGUGCCCUGACCAGUGCCACGGCCACGGAGCCUUCAUCCCAGACACCGGCCUCUGCAGCUGCGACCCCAACUGGAUGGGCCCCGACUGCUCUGUUGAGGUGUGCUCGGUGGACUGCGGCACCCACGGCGUGUGCAUGGGCGGCACGUGCCGCUGCGAGGAGGGCUGGACGGGCGCGGCGUGCGACCAGCGCGUCUGCAACCCGCUCUGCGUCAAGCACGGCACCUGCAAGGACGGCAAGUGCGAGUGCCAGGCGGGCUGGAACGGGGAACACUGCACCAUCGGGCGCGUCUCCGCAGGGACACACACAGAUGGUUGUCCGAACCUGUGCAAUGGGAAUGGUCAGUGUACCAUGGGACAGAACAGCUGGCACUGCGAGUGCAAGACUGGCUGGAGGGGCACCGGAUGCAGCGUUGCCAUGGAGACAUCCUGCGCAGACAACAAGGACAAUGAAGGAGAUGGCCUGACGGACUGCAUGGACCCCGACUGCUGCAUCCAGAGCCCGUGCCAGAACAGCCCGCUGUGCCGCGGCUCCAAGGACCCGCUGCAGGUCAUCCAGCAGAGCCUGGCGCCCACCCAGAAGUCCCGCUCCUUCUACGAGCGCAUCCGCAUGCUGGUGGGCCGCGACAGCACGCACGUCAUCCCCGGCGACAACCCUUUCAACGCCAGUCUGGCCUCACUGAUCCGGGGUCAGGUGCUGACGACUGACGGAACCCCGCUGGUGGGGGUGAACGUGUCCUUCGUCAAGUACCCCCACUACGGCUACACCCUCACCCGGCAGGACGGCACGUUUGACCUGGUGGCCAACGGCGGCGCCUCGCUGACGCUGCACUUUGAGCGCGCUCCCUUCCUGAGUCAGGAGCGCACGGUGUGGCUGCCCUGGAACAGCUUCUACGCCAUGGACACGCUGGUGCUCAAGACGGAGGAGAACACCAUCCCCAGCUGCGACCUCAGCGGCUUCGUGCGGCCCGACCCCGUGGUGGUGCCGUCGCAGCUCUCGUCCUUCUUCAGCUCGCGGCCCGGCGAACGCUCCAUCAUCCCCGAGACUCAGGUCCUCCAUGAGCAGAUUGAGAUCCCGGGUACGGACCUGAAGCUGUGCCACCUGAGCUCGCGCGCGGCCGGCUACCGCUCGCUGCUCAAGAUCACCAUGACGCAGGCGGCGGUGCCGCUCAGCCUGAUCAAGGUGCACCUGAUGGUGGCCGUGGAGGGACACCUGUUCCAGAAGUGGUUCCACGCCUCGCCCAACCUGGCCUACACCUUCAUCUGGGACAAGACCGACGCCUACGGCCAGAGAGUGUACGGGCUGUCCGAGGCCGUCGUGUCGGUGGGCUAUGAGUACGAGACGUGCCCCAGUCUGAUUCUGUGGGAGAAGAGGACGGCCGUGCUGCAGGGCUAUGAGCUGGAGCCGUCCGGACUGGGCGGCUGGUCCCUGGACAAACACCACACGCUCAAUCUGCGCAGUGGCAUCCUGCACAAGGGCAGCGGCGAGAACAUCUUCAUCUCCCAGCAGCCCCCUGUGAUCACGAGCAUCAUGGGUAACGGCCGGCGCCGCAGCAUCUCCUGCCCCAGCUGCAACGGCCUCGCCGACGGCAACAAGCUCCUGGCGCCGGUGGCGCUGGCGGCGGGCAUCGACGGCAGCCUCUACGUGGGCGACCUCAACUUCGUACGCCGCGUCUACCCCUCCAUGAACACCACCCGCAUCCUGGAGCUCAGGAACAAAGAUUUUCGACACAGUAAUAACCCGACCCAUAAGUACUUCCUGGCCGUGGACCCUGUGUCCGGGGCGCUCUACAUCUCCGACACCAACUCGCGGCGGAUCUACCGGGUGCGCUCGCUGACCGGCGGCCGGCUGCUGGCGGAGAACGCGGAGGUGGUGGCGGGCACCGGGGAGCAGUGCCUGCCCUUCGACGAGCGCUGUGGCGACGGCGGCAAAGCCGUGGAGGCCACCCUCAUGAGCCCCAAAGGUAUUGCGGUGGAUAAGAACGGGCUGAUGUACUUCGUGGACGCCACCAUGAUCCGGAAGGUCGACCAGAACGGCAUCAUCUCCACCCUGCUGGGGGCCAACGACCUGACCGCCGUGCGGCCCCUCAGCUGCGACUCCAGCAUGGACGUCAGCCAGGUGCGGCUGGAGUGGCCCACAGACCUGGCGGUGAACCCCAUGGACAACUCUCUGUACGUGCUGGAGAACAACGUCAUCCUGCGCAUCACGGAGAACCACCAGGUGAGCAUCAUCGCCGGGCGGCCCAUGCACUGCCAGGUGCCGGGCAUCGACUACUCGCUCAGCAAGCUGGCCAUCCACGCGGCGCUGGAGAGCGCCAUGGCCAUCGCCAUCUCGCACGACGGCACGCUCUACGUGGCCGAGACGGACGAGAAGCGGCUGAACCGCGUGCGGCAGGUGUCGACGGGCGGCGAGAUCUCGCUGCUGGCGGGCGCGGCGUCCGAGUGCGACUGCAAGAACGACGUCAACUGCAACUGCUUCGCCGGCGACGAGGGCUACGCGCCCGACGCCAGCCUCAACUCGCCCGCCUCGCUGGCCGUGUCGCCCGACGGCACGCUCUUCGUGGCCGACCUCUACAACAUCCGCAUCCGCGCCGUGCGCCCCAACCGGCCCACGCCCACGCCGGCCGGCCGCUUCGAGGUGGCGUCGCCCAAAGCGCAGGAGCUCUACGUCUUCAGCGACGAGGGCCUCCACGUCCAGACCGUCUCCCUGGUGACCGGCGAGCCGCUGUACAACUUCACCUACGGCGCCGACGGACUCCUGGCCGCCAUCGCCGACAGCUCCAACAACACGCUGCGCGUUCGCCGCGAUGGCGGCGGCGGCGGCGGUGGCACCGGUGGCGGCGGGGGUUCGGCGGGCCUGCUGAGGCUGGUGCUCAUGCCCGAGAACCAGGUGGUGACGCUGGGGCUGGACCCGGCCGGCAGCCUGCGCUCCGUGUCGGCGCUCAACCGCGAGAUCGUGCAGCUGGGAUACAGCGGCAGCACCGGCCUGCUGGCCAUCAAGGCCGACGAGACGGGGUGGACCACCUUCUACGAGUACGACAGCGAGGGCCGGCUGACCAACGUCACCUACCCGACGGGGAUGGUCACGAGCCUGCACCGCGAGAUCGAGCGCUCCAUCAACAUCGACAUCGAGAGCUCCAACCGCGACGACGACGUCACCGUCAUCACCAACCUGUCCUCGGUGGAGGCGUCCUACACUGUCGUACAAGACCAAGUGAGGAACACCUAUCAGCUGUGUAACAACGGCACCAUGAGGGUGAUGUAUGCCAACGGGAUGGGCAUCAGUUACCACACGGAGCCACACAUCCUGGCGGGGUCGGUGAGCCCCACCAUCGGGCGGCGGAACAUCACGCUGCCCACGGACAACGGCCUCAACUCCAUCGAGUGGCGCCUGCGCAAAGAGCUGACCAAGGGCAAAGUGACCGUGUUUGGCAGGAAACUGAGGGCGCACGGCCGCAACCUGCUCUCCAUCGACUUCGACCGCAACACGCGCACGGAGAAGGUGUACGACGACCACCGCAAGUUCACGCUCCGCAUCACCUACGACGCCCAGGGCCGACCGGCCAUCUGGCAGCCCAGCAGCAACCUGGCGCCGGUCAACGUCUCCUACUCCACCACUGGCCAGCUGGUGGGGCUGCAGCGGGGCAGCAUGAGCGAGCGCACCGAGUUCGACCCCCAGGGCCGCAUCCUCUCCCGCUCCUUCGUGGACGGGAAGGUGUGGAGCUACAGCUACCUGGACAAGUCCAUGGUGCUGCUGCUUCAGAGCCAGAGGCAGUACAUCUUCGAGUUCGACGCCACGGGCCGAGUGACCGCGGUGACCAUGCCCAGCGUGGCUCGCCACACCAUGUUCACGCACGUCUCCAUCGGCUACAUCCGCAACACCUACAACCCGCCCGAGAGCAACGCCUCGGUCAUCCACGACUUCAGCGAGGACGGCUGCCCGCAGGCCGUCCACUUCCUGGGCACCGGGCGGCGAGUGCUGUACCGGUACGGCAAGCUGGCCAAGCUGUCGGAGGUGCUCUACGACAGCACGGCGGUCACCUUCGGCUACGACGAGACGACCGGCGUGCUCAAGAUGGUCAACCUGCAGAGCGGCGGCUUCUCCUGCACCAUCCGCUACCGGAAGGUGGGACCGCUGGUGGACAAGCAGAUCUACCGCUUUUCCGAGGAGGGCAUGGUGAACGCGCGCUUCGACUACACGUACCACGACAACAGCUUCCGCAUCGCCAGCAUGAAGCCGGUCAUCAGCGAGACGCCGCUGCCCGUCGACCUGUACCGCUACGACGAGAUCUCGGGCAAGAUCGAGCACUUCGGCAAGUUCGGCGUCAUCUACUACGACAUCAACCAGAUCAUCACCACGGCGGUGAUGACGCUGAGCAAGCACUUUGACGCGCACGGGCGCAUCAAGGAGGUGCAGUACGAGAUCUUCCGCUCGCUCAUGUACUGGAUGACGGUGCAGUACGACGGCAUGGGUCGCGUGGUCAAGCGCGAGCUGAAGAUCGGCCCGUACGCCAACACCACACAGUACCGCUACGAGUACGACGGCGACGGGCAGCUCAGCGGCGUCAAGGUCAACGACUGGGCCACCUGGCGCUACAGCUACGACCUCAACGGCAACCUGCACCUGCUCAACCCCGGCAACAGCAACCGGCUCACGCCGCUGCGCUACGACCUGCGCGACCGCAUCACGCGCCUCGGCGACGUCCAGUACCGGCUGGACGAGGACGGCUUCCUCGGCCAGCGCGGCAACGACGUCUUCGAGUACAACUCCAAGGGCCAGCUGGCGCGCGCCUACAGCCGGGGCACCAGGGACGGCGGCAGCAGCGGCAGCGGCGGCAGCAACGGCGGCUGGAGCGUCCAGUACCGCUACGACGGGCUCGGCCGCCGCGUCUCGUCCAAGAACAGCCUUGGCCAGCACCUGCAGUUCUUCUACGCCGACCUGACCCACCCGGCGCGCGUCACGCACGUCUUCAACCACUCCAGCUCGGAGAUCUCCUCGCUCUACUACGACCUGCAGGGCCACCUGUUCGCCAUGGAGGUGAGCAGCGGCGAGGAGUACUACAUCGCCUCGGACAACACCGGCACGCCGCUGGCCGUCUUCAGCAGCAACGGGCAGAUGAUCAAGCAGGUCCAGUACACGGCCUACGGCGAGGUCUACCUCGACUCCAACCCGGAGUUCCAGCUGGUGGUGGGCUUCCACGGCGGGCUCUACGACCCGCUGACCAAGCUGGUGCACUUCACGCAGCGCGACUACGACGUGCUGGCCGCCCGCUGGACCUCGCCGGACUACGGCAUCUGGCAGAAGAUCGGCAAGGAGCUGGCGCCGUUCAACCUCUACAUGUUCAAGAACAACAACCCCCUCAGCGACAUGUUGGACACCAAGAACUAUGUCACAGAUGUGAAGAGCUGGUUGGUAAUGUUUGGUUUCCAGCUCAGUAACAUCAUUGCUGGUUUCCCCAAACAUACUCAGUACUUUGUGGAUCCACCGUAUGAAUUACUGGCCAGCCAGGAUGCCGAGAACGGCCAGCUGAUCACUGGGGUGCAGCAGGCAGCAGAGAGGCAUAACCAGGCCUUCAUGGCUCUGGAGGGCAAGCUGCUGAACAAGGAGCGUCGGGGCAGGCGUGACCGGCCGGGCCACUGGUUCGGCACCAGCACGCCCAUCAUCGGCCGCGGCAUGAUGCUGGCGGUCAAGGAGGGCCGCGUGGUGGCGGGCACCUCCAGCAUGGCGAGCGAGGACAGCCGCAAGGUGGCGCUGGUGCUCAACAACGCCGUCUACCUGGACGGCACGCACUACACGCAGGACGGCCGCGACUGCCACUUCUUCGUCAAGGUGGGCUCGGCCGACGGCGACCUGCUGGCCCUGGGCCUGACCAACGGGCGCAAGGCGCUGGAGAGCGGCGUCAACGUCACGGUCAGCGGGCGCUCGCGCCGCGGCGUCACCGUGGAGUUCCGCGUGCCCGCGCUCGCCCUCAGCGUGCGCUACGGCCUGGCCGCCGACGCGGUGGACGAGGAGCGCGCCCGGCUGCUGGAGCUGGCGCGGCAGAGGGCGCUGGCGGGCGCGUGGGCGCGGGAGCAGCAGCGGGCGCGGGACAGCAAGGAGGGCAGCCGGCUUUGGACAGAGGGCGAGCGGCAGCAGCUGCUGUCGCCCGCGGGCAAGGUGCAGGGCUACGACGGCUACUACGUGCUGCCCGUGGAGCAGUACCCGCAGCUGGCCGACAGCAGCACCAACAUCCAGUUCCUGAGACAGAAUGAGAUGGGGAAGAGGUAACAGCCCAACAGACUUGAGAAAUGCUCCUUUACUUUUAGCUAUUUCUUGCUUUCUCUCCUCUCCUCUUGCUCUUUCUCUCUCAUUCUCAUACUCCGUUCUCUGUCCCCCUCUUUCUCUCUUUCUCUCUCUCUCUCUCUCUCUGCAUUCCACUCUCACUAUCAACUUCUCCUCCUUUCCUUCUCACCCCUGUCCUUUACUACGUACCCCUCCUCUCCCACGGAGAAUAAACAAACAAAUGGGGUAACACUCUGAUUGCUGCAGGGACUUUUAAGAAGAAGAACUCUUAAUGAACACUUAUAAUUACUGCCACUGGCAAAAAAAAAAAAAGUUGAAGUGGAAACUUAAAAGACUUUUUUUCAACAAAAUGGACUCGAAAAAAAAACUACUGAUGAACGUUGAAAGGAAAAAAAAACAGACACAACUGUUGCUUAAAAUGAAGAAUCCCCUUUUUAAAAAAGAAUUGAUAUUUUUUGCCCAUAUUUUUUGGGUCAUCACAAGGAUGUUGGUGGAUGUGGUGAGUUUCGGCAUGACCUUGGCUCCUACAGAUCAGAAGGAAUACUCCAGAACUGCUGUAAAAGCCAGUCUGUAUGUACAAAUCUGCAAAUGAACGAGAAAGUUAUCAACAACAACAACAACAACAAAAGAUGAGGAAGAUGGAACAACAGACUCAGGCCUGACUUUCACAACAACAGAACUGUCAACUGCUGCGGCCCACCAAGAACAAACCUUUUGUUUUUCCUUUAGGAAUAAAAUUGAAAAAUAAGUAAAAAAAAAAUAGUCAAGGAAAACAGCGACAGAGCUUUUUAGAAAGAAAUAAUAAUAAUAAUAAAAAAAAAUGAUGGCUAUAUUUGCAGUACAUAAUGUCAGACGUUUGUUCAUUUUGAAUUAGGAAGAAAAAAGUUAACAUUGUGUCAGCUAGCACUGAAGUUCAGGGUGUACUCUAUAAGCGAUAGUUUGUUUGUCUGUCGCGGUAGAAUCGUGAGAUCUUCACCAGAGCACUUCUGUACAGAGAACUUGGGAGAAAAAAAACACAAACACACACACACAUACACUAGCAAUUUAUCCAGAUAGAAAUUACAAUUACCAGAAGCUAUUUAUUUUAUUUUAUUGUUUUUUAAUUUAUUUAUUAGUAGUAGUAGUACUCUAUGACAAUCACAAGAGUCACCAAUUUUAUUGCAAAUCCUGCGCAUCGGUGAAUGAGUUUAUUUUAUUUUGUAAUAUAUGUAAGAAAUGUUCAUUAAGUUUUUAUAUUAAGUUUGAUUUGCUCAUAGGCAAAUUAUAGUCACAGACAAAAAAGUAAUUUAUGUAAAGUGUUUUAAAAAAUGGUUUAUACUUUAAAUAAAGUUUAAAACUGUGAAACUUGUUUUUCGAGAUAGAUCUGUAUGUACAGUGUAUAGACUUACCUUUCUGCAGCACACUAGAGUAAUGUUCAUAAUAUCAAGUUUUAUAUUUCUAAUGGGAAGUGGCUUGUUAUGUGCAAACCUAUAGCUGGUAUUAUUACUCUAGAAUUUUGUGACACACCAACCUCCCUGAGCUAUACAAUAUCGAUCCCGAGUUUGAUGUUUUUAUUUUUUUGGGGUUUCAUUUGUUUUAGUUUCCUUUCUAAACGCAGAGAAAAUGUCGCUGUUCUAGAUCCCAAAACCGUAGACAUGGAUUCUGUCCACUGUGAAGAGCCUCAUUAUGGAUGUCAAGAUGUACCAAAUCAGUAUUGAAGGACGAUUCUUACACUUACUGGAGACUCUUCUGAGACCUUAUCAAUAAAAAGUAAUUGUUUACUUCA